UAUUGAGAAGAAGAGAAGUGUGUCUCGUGUGCGCGAUAGAGAGACUGCAUGUAUACAUAAUACAAUGAGUCACUGAUUUCUGUUCUUACGUAUACAUAUCAUCCGUAUACCAUUAUUACAAGCUAUGCGCUGUGCGCAGCGGAGUACAAUAAUGGCAAAGGAUAAGGUUCAAUAAAACACAAGUAUUGCUUGCUCUCUCUCAUCGCCCCUGGUUCUCUUCAUUUGUUUACAAAAACGUGCCACCGCACCGUUGCUGCUGCAGCUAACUCACUGCAUGCAUGCCAGUUUUAUUAUUCCAUACAAUAAGUAUCUACAUAGUUACUCGUUUGGUGCGGCUCAAUCAUCAUAUACGUACAACGUUGAAUUCAUGUCUUCCGGAGCACUGAUCCUCGUCUUCUCUGCCCUAAUGUUCUAUGAAGCUCGUAUCACCUACAAGUGUUCCUACGCCGUCAUCAGAUCGGCCAAAAAAAUCGUGACUUCCCUCUCAGGCCAGGGCCUGAGAAGCCAAUCGACAGAGGCUACCAAGAGUAAACAAUCUAUCCAAGCUCAGACCGCACAAGAGAGCAGCGACAACAAUUCGUCUGUAAGGUCGUGGAGGUCGUAUGUGGGCAGGUGGCAGUGGCAAAUUCCCUUGGGACUGGGCAUCUACCUCUUGGCAGUGCUACAGUGGAGGUACUUUAGGAAAAGACACGAGACCAACAAAGGACCUAUCGAAGGACUCAUGGUUGAGUGUUAUUGUUCCUUACCACUGAGAAUAACCAGCAGAGUCUGGGGUGGCUUUGCCAGUUUACAAUUGCCAGUUUCUCUGCGAUCAACGAUUUAUAGCUGUUAUGCCAAGAUUUUUAAAGCUAAUUUAGAUGAAGUUGAUGCAAAACUGACUGAAUUCCCAAGUCUGUCCGACUUUUUUGUAAGACCUCUCAAACCGGAUGCCAGAAUCAUAGCUCAAAAUAGUAGUAUAGUUUCUCCGUCUGAUGGCAAAGUUUUACACUAUGGUCCAGUUACUUCGUGUAAAGUUGAGCAGGUCAAGGGAAUAACAUAUAAUUUGCAACACUUUUUAGGCGAGCCGAAUUGGCCGCGCAUAGACAAAAAAACCGACAGCGGCAUCAAUAAGACUGUUUGUGACGAUUAUGUCACUAGUUUGUUAAAGAAUCCUGAAAAUGUGCUGUACCAGUUGACGGUAUACUUAGCACCUGGUGAUUACCACAGAUUUCACAGUCCCGCGGAUUGGACGAUAAAAUUACGUCGACACUUUCAAGGCAAACUAUUGAGUGUAAAUCCACGGAUCGCCAGCUGGAUGCCAGACCUCUUUUCACAAAACGAACGAGUGGUGUAUAUUGGCGAAUGGGAGGGUGGAUUUAUGGCUUACACAGCCGUAGGUGCAACGAAUGUAGGCUCUAUUCGAGUCUAUAAAGACCAGAAUCUCGUGACGAAUACAAAAAAGUGGCCACGGGGAAAGAAUUCGGAGGACACGGAGUUCGACGAUCUGAAGGUAACGAAGGGUGAGCUUUUUGGCGAGUUCAGAAUGGGCUCGACAAUCGUACUGCUGUUUGAGGCUCCCCGGGACUUUAAGUUUUGCACCGAGGUCGGGCAAAAAAUCAAGAUGGGCCAGGGACUGACGGAACCCGAAACCAGUGAGAGAAGACAGUGUAAGUGACACCAUCUCUCUGAAGCAAAUACUUUUUUUGUGUGUAAUAUCGCCAACGUUUUAAUGUGAAAAUCCUAAAUGUGAUUUAUUAUUGUUGUAAAACCUAUUGAUGGUCCAUGAAAAUCAUGAUUUUUUGCUAUAAUGAACUUUUUUUUUUAAUUUUCUAAUAUACAUCAAAACAGCGAAUGUUUUAUUUAAUAUUUAAUACGUGUGAUUUGAUUUAAUGAAACUGUUAUCUUCAAAUCAUAAUAUUCUCGAACCAAACUUACAGUUUUAUAAACUGUUAUGGUAUACCGAACAAAACCAUAUACAAAUGUUUUAUAAAUAAAUAUUCUUAUCAUUCAGUUAU